CAGGAAUCCGCAGUAGACGAUUUGGAAAGUUGGAGCCCGUGGUGGGACUUUUAAGGGUUUGAAAAACUUCAGUUACAUCAGCGCCUCCAGUCGGGCCGCUUCAGUAAUCUCUCCGGAGACUUUGCAGAGAACUGACGCUAGGAGAUAAUGAGUGACGGCUGUCAGGACAAGUAGUGGCCCUGUCUUAACUGAAGUCUGUCCCUUCACAGAAACCUGCAAAGGCGCUACGCGGUAUGUUGAUUGGCCCUCUUACGCCCUACAGGUCUUUAGACGGACCUGUAAUCUACGGUAUAGGUGAGUCAGGGGCACGUCAAGGAUUUAUCGUCUGGAAGACUGGAUACUGGGAACCUUGGGAGGAGGAGGAGGGUCUUGUUUAUAUCAUCCAGGGCCACACCUGCUUAAAAGGGAACGCCCCCUGAUUCUUAAGGCAUCCAACAACCCUAUAAGGAAGAGAAGACCCGACUGGGAAGAUGCUUGCAAGAUUGAGGUGGCGACUCAAGACUUUUCGGUUGGUGCCAUGUUGCCGAUUCCACUCUGUUUUGACAAUCAUCGCAGCAUCUGUCUCUCUGUCAAGUUGAUCGUUAAUCUGCCAUUUGCCGGCAGGUGUUCAAACCCUGAGCUCAUUGCCAUAUAUUUAGCAUUUUGAAACACCUGCCCGACGAGUGGAAUUCAUUAUAACAGUACAGUUCACAAGCCGUAGCAACGACGCGGAUUCAAGUCCGUACUGAAGUACUAGUGAAUUACGAUACAUUUCUAUUUACGUUCUAAACUAAACAGUUUUGAUAUAACUACUGAAAAAACUUGCGUACUAAAGUGAUCUCAUUCGAUAUAUAAUCGAAAAAAAUACGUUCUCAAGUGGAUGCCUUUCAAGACAUUUAUUACAAAAAAAGAAAAAAAAUACAUUGCGUAAGAGAACAGUGCCGAGGUGACUGAAAUGUAUGAAAACUACAGAGAAUCACAUUAAGGUCACGUAAGAAACCAGUGAAGUGUACUACUGUACUCACGAUUCUUUUAGUUUUCCAUAACAGGACGAAAUUAUUGUAGUAAAUAAGUUUAAUACAACAGACUGACCUUCCAUCAAAUGAAGGGACGAAAUAGACUUUCUUCGACAUUCUAACAUCCAUAACUUACAGUCAUAUUCUUCAUCAGAUUUGAAUGAAUUUAUUGUCAAACUGAUGUUGUCCAAUGGUGUCUUCAGAACAGCUCAACAGAAAUGACACAGGAGCGGUGGCAAUGAUAACAUUCGCUUGAAAAAAUAAAUAACUUAUCGCUAUAUUAAAAAGAAGUGUGUGUUGUUCAUCUUGCGAAUUGAAUACUACGAAAGACGAAGAAAGGAUUUAAUUCCUUAAGAUGAUGUAACUGUUAUUAGUUUCCCUACGAAAGACGAAGAAAGGAUUUUGUUAGUUAAGAUGAUGUAACUGGUAUUAUUUUCCCUACGAAAGACGAAGAAAGGAUUUAGUUCCUUAAGAUGAUGUAGCUGGCAUUAUUUUCUCUACGAAAGACGAAGAAAGGAUUUAGUUCCUUAAGAUGAUGUAACUGGCAUUAUUUUCCCUACGAAAGACGAAGAAAGGAUUUUGUUAGUUAAGAUGAUGUAACUGGUAUUAUCUUCCUAUAAUAAAGUAUAUUACACGUGCCUUAGAAAAGUGAGCACCAUGCACAAACCGAAGCUACCCAACGGCAACAGCGUGAAAGUAAUCUGUUUUUGGUGGCGUGGACCCUUCUACUCUUCUGCGUCAUCCUCACAUUCACGACGAACGAGACGUUCUCCUCUUCCGUUCCCAUAGGGCCUUCGCCCUCGCAGCGUCUUUGCAACUUGCGCGGGAGGGUGUGUAACCCGCGCCCCGCGGAGGGCGCCGACCCUCCCCCCCCGCCCCCUAACGCUAUCUUCCGCAAGACCUGUUACAGCUAUCACAACGUGAGGGCUUACAACACCUGCUGCAGGUUGCGAGACUACUACCAGUACAAGCCGGACAAAAUCACGGCGUGCCUUCGUAGAACGAGUGGACGGGGGAAGGGCAACGAGCCGAAGCAAACUCCAGGCUCCAGCAGCGUCAGCGAUGGUUCCAGCGGUCGUCGCCAGAGCUGGGUGUUUGAGGGAGACUCCCAUACGCGUUAUAUCUUCGUCUCCGUCGUGUACGCCCUGGCCGAGAAUGAGAUCCAGUAUCGGUUCCCCAGGAGAACGCAAUCAUGGGAGAACUUCAGUCAGUUUACCCAGAAUAUGCGGACGACCGUAUACCACGAAGACAUCGAAAUAAUGCACCGCAACCUCCCAGUAUUCAUGACCUUUCUAUGGGAUCCGUUGCUCCAUCGUCUUCCACAUCUCCUGGAGGAGUGGCUGGACAAAGAGGAUAAGAGACCGUCUCAUCUGGUGCUGGGUUCUGGCCUUCACUACAUGUCGGGCGGAAAGACAGUCAAUGAUUACAAAAACGCCCUGGGAAAGAUGACCUCGAAGCUUUCAAAAUUGGCAGAGAAGAAGACUCGAGUCGUUUAUAAAUUGGUGGACCAUCUGCAGAUCAAGAAAGCGGACGAUCGUAUGGCUCCUACCGUGAUUGACAGCUUCAACAACGCUACCAACGACAUCUUCGCGGACACGAAAGUGGUCGUGUGGGACAGCAACCUCCCCCUGACGGACAUGUAUAACGACGAGUGCCUCAGACACCCCAGGUCCCAAAAGGGGCAACGCCUCUGGGCUUGCGAGGACAAAGGACACAUUGGUUACAUCGUCAUCAACCAGUACGCAAACAUGCUGCUGAACAGCAUUUGCAACGCUGCGAUGGAGGCCGGUGCAGAUUACUGCAGGUGACACAUUUUCACUUCCGGAAAUUAAUAUGAAAACAAUAAUCUAGGGAAAUUUAUAAGAAGGAAUAUGAUGUACUUGCAUUACAGGUAAUCUUCUUGGUUAAGUUGAAAAGACGAAGAGCUAUAAAUUUAGAUUUUUUUACCCUUGUAUAUCUUAGCAUGGCAGCCUUAUGUCACACUACGAAUAUCCUUAUGAUAGUAGAAAUG